AUGGCAGAUGCAUGGGAGUCUAUACCAUCAUCAAUGAUUUUUAAUUGUUGGAAGAAAUCUGGCCUCCUCCCAUAUGGGUCAAACCUUAGUGAGGUGUUAGAUAUCCCUACUGAGGAUCCCAGUAGCAAUAGCAGGAAAGACAAUUUUCUCUCGACUACAACAGCUUCUAUGCAAAUCACUCUCCGGAAACUCUAUCCAGACUCGAAUACCACUGAAUUUCAAAAAAUCUGUGACGAUUUUUUGGGUGAUAAUAAUAACCUUGAAGGUCUUGCCAUCGAUUGUUCUGAAAUUGGCAUUCCAGAUGCCAGUCAAUUGGUUGAGGAGCAAGUCCACUUAGGCUUACUCACAUAUGGAAUUCAUGAUAUGGAAGUUAGUUAUCUUGAUGCUGCGGGUGAUAGCGAUGAGAAUCAAGACAGUGAUCCUGUCUCUCCUUCUACUCUUCUUACACAUUCUGAAGCUAUCGAAUACCUUUAUCAUCUUUCCCGCUACCUCCAGUCACUCCCCAUUGAUACUCUUCCUACUCCAGCUGGACGAAAGAUUACCCAAUCCACUAUGGUUGAGAAAACUACUUACCUUGCUACUACAAUCGGUUUGUAGGUUUUGCAGUUUUCCUUUUCCCUCUGCCUUUAUGAUUUACUAAUACUAGGAAUAUUUAGUUAUCAGGAAUCUCUUAAAAAGCAGACCAAAAUUGAUCAUUACUUCACAUGGCUCCCCUCUCACCCUACGAUAUACGGAGAUACCAACCUCCCAGCAACAGCCUAUACGAGAACUUUGUCUGUUAAGGGGAAGGAAAAAGGGAGAGAACAACUGAAGGUGGACCAGAAAGGUAAAGGGAAAGAAGUGUUAUUUUCUGGUCCCGGGUUGGAUGAGGAGGAAACUGCAGGAAGUGAAACUGCAGAUGAGGAGGAAGGCAGCUUUGAGGGUUUGCAGCCAGGCCCUUGUAUCUAUCCAUAUCCAGAUGAUUCUCAAGACUUGAACCUUUAUCCCUCCCAGUACGAUCACAAUAGUGGUAGAUUCAGCCAGGUUUAUAGAAACCUGCUCCUUUAG